UUUUUCCCUGACAUCACUUUCAAAUUACGUUAUGCACAUCUAGUCAUGCUGCCAAAACUAUGCUCAGCAGUGGGGCCAGUGUCUUCAGGGUGAAGUAUUUUUCAUCGCACAAAGUGUUUUCAUGCAAGAAAGUAGAAUUGUGGUCUCAUCUGGCCAAACCAGUUUCUUUCAAAUGGGGCCAAGUCCUAUGACCUCCUUUCAACAAAAUCUUCUCUAAUUAAUUCUCUCCUCCCACAUGUUACCUGUUAUUUUCAUCUGGGCAGGUCUGCAGUGGCAUCAAACAUAUUCGAUGUUAAGGUUCUGAAUUAAACAGCAUCUUUUAGACGUUCAAAACUCAGGUUUUGUUUUACCUGUCAGGCAUGAUCUACAUGAACAAUUAUCUAUACAGAAAUUAUAGAAUUACCUAUUACACUAUUAACAAAUGAAAUGUUUGUAAAAAGUUUUGGAACGCAUUGAUUAUAUCCUUACACUUCUCAAUUGUAUGCUACUUUUUGUUAGUUUGUUACAUUAAAUCACGAGAUAAGUUGAAAUUUGAUGGCAUACAAUGGACAAAAUGUCAAAAUGUUUGAGGGGAAUAAACACAGGUGUAAGGCACUGAACAUUCGUGCAGCUUUUUCAGACAUAGAGUAUAAAGUUCAGUUGUGAAAACAAAUUUUAUCAGUAUAAUUUUUGGGGGUCUUCUGUUCAGUGGCAGACAGUACAAUCCCAAUAUACAGUUUUUCAGAUAUUCUAGGACCUGUGUGUCAACAGAGGAACAGCGUUUGUGCUUCCUUGUUGAAAGAUUUUUGUUUUAUAACAACACUCUUCUGUCCUUGAGCAUCACAGUUCAUUUUUUACUCUUUGUUCUUAUUAUACUCAGCUCGACCCUCAGUAUGUCAACACACCACACCUCACCAAAGUGGUAAAAUAUAAAUAUGCACUUGAAGCCUUCUUUGUUCCUUAACUACAUUUUACUGACAAAGUCCAGUGAACCCUUUCAAAACCUGCAAUACGCCCUAAAAGCUAAAUGACUCUUUUCUAUACAUAAUGUUUGCACCUGCUUAGAUGGUCAGACUGUUUGCUAUGUGAUAUCCGCAGAAACUGUGCUUUGGGUUGUGUCUGUUGUCACGCCGGAUAUAAAAGCAGUUGCUCUGCUUUUUCUCUCCAGGGAUUAUUUUCUGACUGUGGCCAUCUUCGACAUCAGAGAAAAUACUUUGAGACACAAAGAAGCCAUGGCAAUCCAGUCUAACGUUGUUACCUCUCAACCUACCCAGUACACAGUAACAACCGGACGUUCUUCAGACUGGAGUACAAAUGUGUGCGACUGCUGUGAUGACUGUGGCAUCUGUCUAUGUGGAGCAUUUAUCCCAUGCAUCCUUGGUUGUAAAGUGGCUCAGGAUAAUAGGGAUAGCUGCUGUCUACCUUUCCUCCCAGGUGCCAUGAUUGCUUUAAGAACAAGCAUACGCAGCAAAUACAAUAUUGAGGGCUCUGUGUGUGACGACUGGGUGGUCAUGGCCUGCCUGCCUUUAUGUGGACUGUGUCAGAUGGCGAGAGAGCAGAAGAUGAGAGGAUAAACAGAUUGCUGAUUAAUAAGAACAAAAAAAGAAAAAAUUAGCAUUGUGAAUGUGAUCUAAGAAAAAAUAAAGACAUUUAAUGUUUUUUAUUUUUACCUUUUUAAUGUAAACAUAUAUUGUAUUACUUUAACAUUUCUUACUUUAUAAGCUGGGAAUUGUAUAUGAUCUAAAAUGAAAGCAGGAAUAAAGAGAGUUAAAACUAACCUUAUAGAGUGACAGUGUUGAAUUAACAAUAAAAAAGACAAAUAAAAAAUAGUGACAUUUAAGGCAGUACCGGUCCUUUCCUUUGCAGAAAUAGUUUUGGACAAUUAAACAUAUAAAGGUUUAAAAACAUUAUUGAGAACUAUUUUAUUUAAUUAUGUUUCAAUAGUGCACCACGUUUUCUUUACAGCGAUGUUUUGCACUUUUUGUAUUCACUUGCACUUACAAAAUCACUGGUAUUUCAAUAGAACAAAUAGGAAAUAGCAAAUUGUGGGUUUCAUUUAUUUUAAUGUCAUGUAGUCUUGCUUUUUCUGGAAGGACUUCAGUGGGCUGCCACUAUCUUCCUCUUUCUGACUAAGUCCGUGUUUUCAGUCAUGUAGCGAUACAGCUGUCUGAAGGAACAAGGUGAAAGGAUCAGGGUUCAUUUGAACAGGUUCCACUUUACUGGCAAAUACAACCACGCCUGAAUCAUACAACUCCAUCUGAAACUACAAGGAAAACAGAUUUCUCUUCUACAUUCAAGUGCAGCUACAUUGAGGUCCCAUCUGACAUCA